UAUACACACGCCUCGUUCGUGCCAAACCCUAACCUCACACACUCGCACCGAGACACGCUCGCCUCUGCGCACACACGCGCGAAACCCCAGGCCUCGCAUGCUCGCACGCUUUCUCACGCUCUCUCUCUCUCUCUCUCUCUCACCGGCCGGACUUCACCACUGUGCUCGCCGGAGAAUCCCACGCCUUUCUCGUCGCCUCCUUCGGUUCCGCUCUCGACGGUUAUCCGGUGGCUCGCCGUGACACCGCGCCGGACGCCGGUCGCCGGAGUUUCGGCUUUCUAGUCGCCGAAUUCUGAUUAAUUUUAGUAUUUGGAGUGAAGAACGUGGAUCUGGAAGAGAGCGUUGUUUGAGCUCUGAUUGAGGACUACAAGGUGGAAUUCUUGGAGGAAUUGGAGAAUUAGAGGCUGCUUGUAGCAUCAUUUCUUGGAUGGAAAUUGAUUAUCCGUUUUCACGUUGACAUAAGAAGUUUUCUUUUGUAGUCUGAGAUAUGAUUUCUGAAGUUCCCGGUUGUUGCCAGAAAACUUCAGAAUCUGCCUGGCACGAAGUCCAGAUUAUUUUGCUGCAGUUUUGAACUAUGUCAGUUAUUUCAUCAAUAAUGUGAAAACUUGAGCAGCAAUGGAGGGUUUGUAGUAGAAAUAUUAAUAUAUAUUCUGGUGGGGGAUAGAGAAUUGGUGGAGGAGUUUAUGGCAACUGAGCUGCAUAAAUUGAUUGGAACAAGUGAAGAAGACGAUGACGAAGAUAUGGAGAUGGAUGUAAAAGAAGAGGAUGAUGACGAUGAAGAAAAUGGACAAAAACAUAUUGCUGCACCGGUGAUGGUAGGGGUUGGAGGGAUGGCAACCAGUAGUAGUAAUAGCCAGUUUCAACAACACCACCAACAAGAGCUAGUGAGCACCCCAGGUGGAAGCACUCGGAGGUGUAGGCCACUGGAAGAGAAAGAGAGAACCAAGCUAAGAGAGCGGCAUAGGAGGGCGAUUACUGCAAGGAUCUUGGCUGGGCUUCGGAGGCAUGGUAACUAUAAUCUUAGAGUUCGGGCUGAUAUCAAUGAUGUAAUUUCGGCUCUGGCAAGGGAAGCUGGUUGGGUUGUUCUUCCAGAUGGAACCACAUUUCCUUCAAGAUCUCAGGCCCAAAGGCCUGCGGGUGGCACUCCUGCUGUGGUGACUUCAUCAUCUUCCCAUAUGGUGUCACAACAAUCUCCACCUGCUUCCCUUAGAGGAGUUACUUCUGGCUACCAGAGCUCAGUGGAAUACAACGCAGGUCGUAUGAAAAGCAUUUAUAUGCCUGGUUCAUCAACUUAUGAUCUAUCUUCCAGUGUCCGAUCUCAAACUUCACCCUUGGUGGGAGAUGGUGGAGAACAUACUGAGAGCCAUCCUCUUGUUGGUAGCUCCAUGAAUGCAGUUGGUGACAAGCAGAUUCUUGACCAGCCCCAAAAGUUACUUGAACGCGAUUUUGCUGGAACCUCUAAUGUUCCGGUUUAUGUGAUGCUACCGUUGGGUGUCAUUAAUAUGAAGUGCGAGCUAGUCGAUCCAGAUGGUCUACUAAAGCAGCUAAGAGUUUUGAAAUCAGUUAAUAUUGAUGGUGUCAAGGUUGAUUGCUGGUGGGGAAUAGUAGAGGCACAUGUUCCUCAGGAGUAUAACUGGAAUGGUUACAAGAGGCUCUUUCAGAUGGUGCGUGAGCUUAAGUUUAAGCUACAGGUCGUGAUGUCAUUUCAUGAAUGUGGGGGCAAUGUAGGUGAUGAUGUUUGUAUUCCAUUGCCCCAUUGGGUGGCAGAAAUUGGUCGAAGCAAUCCUGACAUAUUUUUCACUGAUAAAGAGGGAAGACGGAAUCCUGAAUGUCUCUCGUGGGGAAUAGACAAGGAACGGGUUUUAAGGGGACGGACUGCUAUUGAGGUUUACUUUGAUUACAUGAGAAGCUUCCGGGUAGAAUUUAAUGAGUUCUUUGAGGAUGACACCAUUUCCAUGAUUGAAGUUGGACUAGGACCAUGUGGGGAGCUACGUUACCCAUCUUGUCCUGUAAAGCAUGGUUGGAGAUAUCCUGGCAUUGGUGAAUUCCAGUGUUAUGACCGGUAUUUGUUGAGAAGUCUGAGGAAGGCCGCAGAAGCUAGGGGACACUCCUUAUGGGCAAGAGGACCAGAUAAUGCCGGUUCCUAUAAUUCCCGGCCUCAUGAAACGGGUUUCUUUUGUGAUGGAGGUGAUUAUGAUGGCUACUAUGGAAGGUUCUUCCUUAAAUGGUAUUCUCAGGUUUUAGUUGAUCAUGGUGAUCGAGUGCUUUAUCUGGCAAAGUUAGCUUUUGAACGGAACCGUAUUGCUGCAAAGCUACCAAGUAUUCACUGGUGGUACAAGACAGCCAAUCAUGCUGCUGAAUUAACUGCUGGGUUCUAUAACUCUUGCAAUCGUGAUGGUUAUGCUACAAUUGCAGCAAUGAUAAAGAAGCAUGGAGCUGCUUUAAAUUUCACUUGUGCUGAGGUACAAAUGUUAGACCAGCAUGGGGACUUCUCAGAGGCACUGGCAGAUCCUGAGGGUUUAGUCUGGCAAGUAAGCAUCACUGUGCUGAAUGCUGCAUGGGAUGUUGGCAUACCAAUUGCUAGUGAAAAUGCACUUCCUUGUCAUGACAGAGUAGGCUACAACAAGCUAUUAGAUAACGCCAAGCCCAUGAAUGAUCUAGAUGGGAGGCAUUUUUUGUCUUUUACCUACCUUCGGCUUAGUCCACUUCUUAUGGAAAGUCAAAACUUCAUGGAAUUUGAACGCUUUGUCAAGAGAAUGCACGGGGAAGCAGUUCUUGAUCUCCAGGUAUAGUGGGAUGACAGAAGUCUCUCCAGGAUGUGUAUUAUUUAUCUCUCCACACCCCCCCUCACCCCAAAAAAAAAAAGUGUUGGGGGUUACUGUGUUGCAGGUUAGGGGAAUAGUAUUUUUAGUUGCUAUUAUCUAUACUAGGUAAUUGACAACUAGGUCGGGCUAUUUUUUAAUCAAAGCACAGCCAAUAUGUAAAAGUAAUUUAUACCUAGAUUUAGCAUUAUCCUUUUGAAUGCAUGAAGCAGAAUCUUCGUCAGUGUAUUAAAUUAUUGUUCCACCCUAAGGGUUCACCUAGAGUAGCUUGGUGAAAAUAUUUUGUUGUGGUCAUAAUGUGCUACAUAGCACAGGUGAUGUUUAUUAACCCAACUACAUAGUCAUAUAUCAAUUGGCAGAUACAGCUUGUGCUUUCUA